GCGUGUGACUGAGAGUGACACUCCAAUCACACCAAAAUCCCAUGCCACAGGCGCACAGUCAUCCCAUGCCACAGGCACACAGUCAUCCCAGGUCACAGGCGCGCAGUCAUCCCAGGUCACAGGCGCACAGUCAUCCCAGGUCACAGGCACACAGUCAUCCCAGGUCACAGGCGCGCAGUCAUCCCAGGUCACAGGCGGACAGGCAGAUCAGACCGCCAGUGUUCAGACAGCGCAGAGCACCGGUGCCCAUUCUGGUGUUCAGCAGUACGCCCAGGUGAGGUACACCAGCGCUAGGCCAAGCCAAGAACUUGUUGAUGCCUCAUAUGGUUGGCAGACGCUUGAAAGCAGUGGCCAUUUCAUUUGGAGAGGACUCAGUGAUCAUUUUAUCGACCCAUCCUUGUUGGUGCCAAUCACAUGGCCAUACCGCACUACACUUGUGUAUGUUGAUGAUGGAUGGAAAGUCUUGGAACUGUGCGUAGCCUGGCAGUCUUUGAAAGACCCCAUUGCUUUUCUACCUUGUGGAGAAGCCCAGUGCAUGGUGGUCCUCAGCUCAGGUGAGGAAGACCCAAGCAUGUUUGGCGUUGAAGUGUUGGGCGAGGUUAUCCAGAAUAGUGGCUUUCAGGACAGUGAUGCCAUGCUUUUGGAUGAUGAGCCAUGUGUGGAUGCUCCGGCUGGGGCAUCCGAGCCACAAGAGUUUGCUCCAGCACUGCCAGAGCCCGUUGCAGAUCAGAUGGAACAUGUUCCUGCCUCUGUUCAGACAGAUUCAAAUGAGCCAGUCGUAGUGGCCAAUGGGCCAGUGGAGAAAAGUGUGGAUGUCGUCAGAAGAUUGGCCAAUGUCAUGCUGUCCAUGGCCCGGGAACGCCUGGGAAUAGAGAUUGGUGUCAACCAUCCUCUCUUCAGCUGGGCGUUCAUCCACAGUGCGUGGUGCUACUCCAGGUAUCGUGUCAAAGCUGGCCUCACCGCUCACGAACGUGCGAGCGGGGCACGAUACAAUGGCAAGCUUGUACCAUUUGCUGAACCGGUGUAUGCCUAUGUGAAGCCCAUUCAAAAAGGUAACGCCAAGUGGGAAAUGUCAAUUUUCUUGGGCAAGUCCACAACAAGCGACAUGUUCAUUGUUGGAACAGCGCAAGGCAUCCGCCUCACCAAGUCCGUUCGACGGACUGGACAGCCAUGGAAGAUGGAACACAAGCUCGCUGAGAGUCUGAAUGAAGCUCCCUUGUUGCCAGAUUCAGCUAUGUUGUCAGAGCUUGUUCCAGGG